GUCCUCUAUGCAUUGAUGAUGAAAAGAAGAAAACUGUGGGAUUACUCCUUUCAUCUUUCUUGGAGAAUGGAUGGAGAGCCCUUCACUUCCACCUUCUUCUAUUCUGGGAAUAUUCCCUCCGAAACUGGCAUGACACUGGAACAGAAGACUACCUUUGUCUUUGUGAUUUUAUUGUUCAUUUUCCUAGGAAUCCUCAUUGUCCGAUGUUUCCGAAUUCUCCUAGACCCAUACAGAAGUAUGCCGACCUCUACCUGGGCUGACGGACUUGAUGGACUAGAGAAAGGCCAAUUUGAUUAUGCGCUUGCUUAGAGUCAAUGAUUCACUUUAUUUAGAACCUCAGACAU